CUCAAAUCCAAAUAUUACAGAUAUUGAUAAUUAAAAUGAGAGAAUAUGAUACAAAAACAAUAAUCGUGACUAAUUAUUAGUAAAAAUGCAUUUCAAUUAAUUUGGAGGCAGGGAGUGUAUAUCUCACUUUAUUUUCUCCACAAUUUGUGGGCACCGUAAAUGCCCAUCAAAUGCUAAUCACGUUAGUUAGCGAAGAAAAGAAGAAUAUGGCGAAACAAAAAAGAAAAGAGCUUGGAGUCUCUUGCAUGCUAAACACAGAGGUUGGAGCAGUGCUCGCCGUGAUCCACCGCUCCCCGGAGACGAACGCCCAUUUCUUCCCACCGGAGGAACGUUAUGACACCCAUAUCUCCCAGUCCCUCAAAUCCCUUCGCGCCCUCAUCUUCAAUCCCCAACAAGAAUGGUGCAACCUGGAUCCCUCCUUGUACCUAUUGCCGUUUCUCGACGUCAUCCAAAGCGGCGACGUCCCUGCCGCCGCCACCGGGGUAGCGCUCUCCUCCGUCUUCAAGAUUCUCAAACUUGAAAUCUUUGACCAUAGAACCCCUGGUGCCAGAGAAGCUAUAAAUUCGGCAGUCGCCGCUGUCACGAGCUGCCGGCUGGAGAAGACCGAUCCGGCUUCAGUAGAUGCAAUCAUGAUGAAGAUAUUGCAGGUGCUAGGAGCAAUAAUGGCUCACCCGGCAUCCAUAUGGCUAACGGACCAAGCUGUAUGCACUGUUGUGAACUCGUGCUUUCAGGUGGUGCAACAAUCGGCAGGUCGAGGCGGGGAUUUGCUCCAACGCAGCGCCAGAUUCACAAUGCACGAGCUCAUCUACACAGUCUACUCCCGUCUCCCGGAAGUGGAGCCCUCGGAGUGGGAAAACUCCGAGUCCGACUCGGAGGACACUGUCAUGGACGAUUUGGGUGGGUACGGGAUCAGAGCGGCUGUCGACAUCUUCCAUUUCCUCUGCUCCCUACUGAAUGUGAUGGAAGGGAUGGAGCCAGACGGGAUGCCUUACCAAACACCAGACGAGAGCAUUCAGCUCUUCUCGCUCCUUUUGAUCAACUCGGCGAUCGAGUUGAGCGGCGAUAGCAUCGGGAUGCACCCGAAGAUGAUGCGGAUGAUCCAAGAUGACCUAUUUCACCAUUUGGUUCAUUACGGCUCCUGCUCCAAGCCACUCGUUUUAUCCAUGAUUUGCAGCAUCGUUUUGAAUCUCUAUCACUUCCUUCCUAGGUCGAUGCGCCUUCAACUGGAAGCAUUC